AUAGGAGGAAAAAAAACAAGCUCCUCUGUUAAUUCAUGGCGGUCACCGGAGAAGAAGCUGCAACAACAGCAGAAGCUGGAGGCGGUGGUGGUUGCGGCCAGCAUCGGAAUCCCAAUUCUAACGGCGGCAACCCGAAUCCAAAUCCGGAUCCUAACCCGAACCCGAUUGUUACCGGAUCCAAAGGAAAAUCGUGUAAGGGUUGCGCAUACUACUCGUCGCUUCAUAAAUCCAAAUCUAAAAACCCUACUUGCAUUGGCUUCUCCAGAACGCUCCAUCAAGUACCCCCAUAUGUUGUGGGAGAAACUGAACUGGAAGCUUCUAAAGAGGGCCGCAGCCUUGCAAACUUCAAGUAUGCUUGUAUUGGAUACUCUGUCUACUUAGACAACAAAGAUUCUUCAGCUGACUCACAAGAUAAAACUGCAAAAUUGCCGUUUUGCGUUGGUCUUGAGGUGGUCUUGGAGGAGAAGUCUGCAACUUCACCUGUUGGCCAUGUUCCUGCUCAUCCACGUAAAGCUGAAGAUCAUGAAAAUCCUUCUCCUCAACCACGAAGAUAUAAACCUCCAAAUGCUACUGCUGAAGAAUUCCUUAACAGGUUUCAAAGAAAUGCAACCCUUGUUGCAUCUGGUGUUGUCAAAAACUUGAACAGAGUGGGUAACUAUGUAAAAGACACGCUCGAUGACGUUCUUAAUAGGCGGCCCAAGUGAAGCUUACAUCCGAAAUUAUUUAAAUUUUACUCGUUGGCCAUUUUCCUUUACUGGGGUCGAUUUAUCAUUUUGUUUGUGACAGUAUCUGUAACACUCACUAGUGUCAAAGUGUAUAUUUUCUGUACAAUGAUUCAUACGAAUAAAAUUGCAUCAUCAUCCUAAAAUUAAGAAUGGUUUUCUUUUGUUUGUUUGUUUCUGUUA